AAUUACUAUCUCGUUUUCGAUUAUGGACUGUGUGUGCACGUAUUAUUAAACAAUGUGGUAAUCCUUAUGCUGGUGCCGAUAAUCAAAUGUAUUUACGAGAACGUCUUAGAAGUAUUAAUUUCCAUUAUGUUUUUAGACCGGUUGUAAUGAAACCACAAG